AUGCCUAACUCCUAUACUUCUAACUCUCUCCUCACCCUUCUAUGGAAUGCUAACGGAUUAAAGAAUCACACAACUGAACUUCUCCUCACCCUUCAGGAAAAAAGAAUUGACAUUGUCCUUAUAUCUGAAACCCACUUCACCUCUAACUCGUACGUCAAUUUCCCUGGUUACGAUUCCUACCGUGCAAACCACCCAGAUAACACUGCUCAUGCAGGAGCAGCAAUAUAUAUAAAAUCUUCACUUAAAUACAUACCACUCCCAAACUUCAUAUCCGACGACAUCCAAUCCUGUGCUAUAUCUCUGAUACUUGAUAAUAUCCCUAUUACAUUCGCAGCUGUUUAUUGUCCACCGAAACACAAAAUCUCCCCGGCCAGAUUCACUGAAAUUUUCUCCACACUCAACAAUAACUACAUCAUAGGUGGCGAUUUAAAUGCAAAGCACCAACAGUGGGGCUGUCGUGCCUCAAACCCCAGAGGAAAUUCUCUCCUCCAAUCACUACCAUCUACCAACUCUACCGUCAUUGCACCUCCAAAUUACACAUACUGGCCUAACUCCCGUCGAAAAAUGCCAGACAUCCUGGAUAUCUUCGUCACUAAGAUUCCAAGGAACCUCCACACUCAAAUAUUUAAUCUCAUUGACCCAUGCUCAGACCAUUCACCAGUCAUGCUUUCACUAGACUGUCUUCCCCAAGCUAAAGCCAACGCCUCAGCUCUAUCUCAAUUUCCAACUGACUGGGACAAAUUCAGUACAAUCCUAUCGGAAAAAACUUGCCUUAAACUCCGCCUAAAGACUCCCUCUGAUAUCGACGACGCAGUAAACCUACUCACAACUAAUAUUCAAACCUCUGUUUGGGACUCAGCCAAACCUGUGCCCUUGCACGUUAAGCCUUCCCCUCAUCUUCCCUCCUACAUACGAACUCUCAUCUCACAAAAACGUCGCGCUCGUGUUAUUUGGCAAAGAACUCGAUAUCCUAUCGACAAAUCCCUUUACAAUGCACUCACCCAAAAGUUGAAACGUCUGCUAGCUAACCUUAAAUCGGAGUCUUACGCAAACUAUAUUUCUUCUCUCACUGGCAUGGAUGGCUCCCUAUGGAAAGCCACUAGGAAACUACUACGAAUUCACAAUUCUCCCCCUACUCUACGUAAUGCUGAUGGUAGCUGGGCACUGUCUGAACAAUCUCAAGCCAACAUAUUUGCCAACCACCUAUCUAACACAUUUCAACCACAUCACAAUAUUAUCUCUCCAACCAAAAUCCAGGAAGUUGAAAGCUAUCUUAACUCUCCUCUUCCAAUGUAUCCGCCUCCUAGAGCUUUUACCCCUGGUGAAGUUGAAUUUAAUCUUAAGAAAAACUCACCGAAAAAAUCUCCUGGUUUUGACUUAAUUUCGACGGAAGUGGUCAAACACCUUCCCAGAAAAACCAUAAUUUUCCUAACACAAAUUUACAAUGCUAUGCUUCGUUUAUCAUACUUUCCUAUAUUAUGGAAAUAUUCUAUCAUAAUACUAAUACCAAAACCAAAAAAACCCCCUGACUGUCCUUCCUCAUAUAGGCCUAUAAGUCUCCUACCAACUCUCUCCAAACAAUUUGAAAAACUUUUUCUCAAACGAAUACUGCCAAUAGUUGAUGAAGCUAAAAUACUACCUGACUCUCAAUUUGGUUUUCGCAACAGUCACUCAACGAUCCAUCAGAUUCAUCGCCUGGUUGACAAAAUUUCAUUUGCCCUAGAGGAAAAAUUAUACUGCACUGGUGCUUUCCUUGACGUCUCCCAAGCUUUCGAUAGAGUCUGGCACUCAGGCCUCCUAUAUAAAUUAAAACCUAUCCUUCCUAGUCACUACUAUCUGAUCCUCAAAUCCUACCUCGAAGAUCGGUUCUUCUCCGUACGUGUAGGUUCUUCCUUCUCCUCUCCUACUGAAAUAAAAGCAGGCGUUCCACGAGGCGCAGUAAUUGCUCCCCUACUCUUCAAUCUCUACAUCUCCGACCAGCCUACUUCACCCCAUACCUUAGUCGGUGAUUUUGCUGACGACAAAGCCAUACUAACAACCAGCCCUGAUCCUGUUUUAGCCUCCUCCUACAUACAAGAUCAUCUCUUCUCCCUUGAAUCGUGGUACAAAACAUGGGGAGUAAAAAUGAACGAAACCAAGUCCAUCCACGGUACCUUUGCACUUCGUCAAGGAGUAUGUCCAACACUUUAUCUCAACAACCAACCACUUCCCCCUGCGCAAUGCGUACGUUACCUCGGUAUCCUUAUCGACCGCCGUCUCACUUGGAAACCUCACAUAAUUAACAAAACUCGUACACUAAAUGACCGCUUCCGGCUCCUUCGUCCACUUCUAACAUCAAAGCACAUGAAACCUUCCAACAAACUCCUGCUCUACAAACUCCUACUCAGACCCAUCUGGACUUAUGGGAUUCAACUAUGGGGCGCUGCCAAAAUCUCCAACAUCAACCGCAUUCAAAGAUUCCAAUCCAAAACUCUACGCACAAUUCUAAAAGCACCAUUCUAUGUCUCUAACCACACCCUCCACACUGAUCUCAAAAUACCAUUUGUCUCUGAACUAGCCAAAACUCAUUAUAAACGUUUCAAUAACCGCCUAGCUCACCAUAAGAAUCCGUUAAUCUCCGACCUAUCAUCUGCUUCUAUCCCAGGUAACCCAGUUAAAAAAAUUAAAAGACAGUGGUGUCGCGACCUGCUAGCCUAA